AUGACUGAAUUAGCAAAGAGUUCAUAUUGGACAGACUUGGAACAAAAAAUUACAAAUGAAUAAGUGUUAUAAACAAUGAGAAAAUUUGGGUAGUUUGAGCACAGAGUCAACGAUGUUAUUUAAUAAAUAAUUGACUCUCACGAAUUAACAUAUAAGUCUGAUAUAUUAAUGGACAAUGGGUCACUUUACACUGGAGAAAUGAGAAAUGAUCUCAGAUGUGGAAGAGGAACUUAGAUUUGGAAGGAUGGAUCUAUAUAUGAAGGAACUUGGUUAGAUGGCUAGGCAUUUGGUUUUGGGAGAUUGAUUCAUGCAGAUGGAGAUUUGUAUUAAGGAGAUUGGAACGGGGACAAAUCAAGCGGCUAUGGAGAAUACUUUCAUUUGGAUGGAGCAGUUUAUAAGGGGGAAUGGAAUGAGGAUAAGUAAGAUGGAAAGGGAAUUGAGAAAUGGCCAGACGGAGCAAUCUAUGAAGGACAAUAUAAAUAGGGGAAGAAAGAUGGGAAGGGGAAAUUUUCAUGGACAGACGGAUCUGUAUAUGAAGGAGAUUUUAGUCAGAAUGAUAUUCACGGAGAGGGCGUUUAUAAAUGGGCUGAUGGAAGAAUUUAUGAGGGACAAUGGAAACACAACAAAAUGGAUGGAUAUGGUAAUUUUGUUUGGUCAGACGGGAGAUAAUACACUGGGAAUUACAAAGAAGAUAAGAAACAGGGAUUUGGGAAGUUUUUAUGGCCUGAUGGAAGAUCAUAUGAGGGAUUAUGGGAAAAUGGGAAAUAACACGGAGAAGGAGUGUAUAUCACUGCAAAUGGAUAAAGAAAAAAAGGACAUUGGGUGGAAGGUAAAAGAACAAAAUGGCUAGAAAAUGAAUGAUGAUUUUUAUGCUAUUAUAAAGAUUGGUAUUCAUCUAACAUA